UCUGCUUCUGUCCCUUUCUUUCUCUUUCUCCCCUUCUGCCUGUUUUCAGUUUUCCUGGGUUUGUGCCUCUGCCUUUAUGUUUUCUCUCCGCCUGCAACGCUGUGGGACUCUCUCUCUGUGCCUGUGCGUCUCCCUGGUCCCCCACCCUCAAAUUCACACACACACCCCCAACCCCGUGUCGGAGGCACCGGGCCCCCAGUGGGCUUCGCCAGUAUUUGCCUAGACCCGGUAUAAGAAGCGAGAGACCCCCCCCUACCCGCCGCCACCACCCCACCUUCUGCCUGCCCCUGGGGCCUGGACCGGGUCAUCCCCCCGGAAUUGAGUCUGGGGCAGAGGAGCCAGCCUUUCCGGGGGCUCAGUUUUCUUGAGUUCCACCCCCGCCAGGCCGCCAGGACAACAGGGCCGUGCUGCCGGCCACCUGCCUGCCCUGCGCCCUGGGCGGGGCGAUCCUGAUGUUUUAUAAGCCGCAGUAAAGGGGGCAGCUGGCUGCUUUGGCGAGGCCAGGGGGUGGGGGGCACCCAGGGAGAAGGGCACAUUUUCAGGCUUUCCGAGGUCCUUGCCCAGCUGGAGGACAGCAGCCUGUAACUACGGGAACCCCGGGAAAACAGAGGUCAGGGCUGGAGGCCAAAGGCUGGGCGCUGGCGGGCGUAGGGGGGUGGGGAAGCAAUUUGUCAACAGGAGCCCCUCACCCUUUGUUACUGUAGAAACCACCAGCCUCCUGAAACUCCUCCAGAUGCUGGGGCUGCUUGGGUGUGGUUUGCCUUUCUUUAGUUGGGGCCAAAGAAGAGGCGAGGCUGGAGCAUUUUGUUGGUGACCCCCGCCCCACCUCCGCCCCUGCAAGCUGGACCUCUUUCUCCAGGGCCUGUGUGCUGGAGGGUGGACCCGGAAGGAUGUGCUGUGCAUUAGCUGCGGAUAUAGCUUCAUCCGUUUAAAGCGAAAUUUCCAACUGAGUUAGCUCCUUCUCCCCACCCCCACCCCCACGGGUCCAGGGAUGCUGGUGAAGUCGGCUGUGGGACUUCUGCUGAGCAGAUGUGCAGGCCGACCCUGCAGCAGCUCAUUAGCAUAGAUUUGUUUUGGAGACAGUUUUUGGUCUGUGGGCAGGAGGGUCUGGGGGCCAGAGGGCUUUCCAGGGCUCCCAAGGCCACGGGCAUGAUGCUUCGGGUCCUGCUGGGGGCUGUCCUCCCCGCCGUGCUGCUGGCCGCUCCGCCGCCCAUCAACAAGCUGGCCCUGUUCCCGGAUAAGAGCGCCUGGUGCGAGGCCAAGAACAUCACCCAGAUCGUGGGCCACAGCGGCUGUGAGGCCAAGUCCAUCCAGAACAGGGCGUGCCUGGGACAGUGCUUCAGCUACAGCGUCCCCAAUACUUUCCCGCAGUCCACAGAGUCCCUGGUGCACUGUGACUCCUGCAUGCCAGCCCAGUCCAUGUGGGAGAUCGUGACCUUGGAGUGCCCUGGCCACGAGGAGGUGCCCAGAGUGGACAAGCUGGUGGAAAAGAUCUUGCACUGCAGCUGCCAGGCCUGCGGCAAGGAGCCCAGUCACGAGGGGCUGAGCGUCUACGUGCAGGGCGAGGACGCGCAGGGCUCCCCGCCCGGCCUCCACCCCCACCCCCACCCCGGGCAGACCCCCGAGCCCGAGGACCCCCCUGGGGCCGCCCACACCGAGGAAGAGGGGGCUGAGGACUGAGGCCCUCUGCUCUUCCUCCCCUCUCGUUCCCUGUGGCAUGCUGGGUCUCGCCCUCCCGGGGAAGGGUUGGGGGAGAGGCCGAAGCCCCCCUUUGGCACUGGAUGGACUUGGCUUCAGACUUGGACUUGGAAUGCUUCCCGGUUGCCAUGGAGAUCUGAAGUGGGAGGGGGGCCUGGCACCAAGCUGCACAAUUUAAUAUAUUCCAGAGUGGGGGGAAGAAGCAGAGGUCUUCAGGGUUCUUUUGCGUGGGGGGGUGGGUCUCUUCCUUUCUGCCUCCUAGAGAUGUGCCUUGGGGAGGGGGUGGAAGUUGGCUAAGCUGCUGCGUUGGGAGGAGGCUGUCCAAGAUGGCAGGAGCCAGGCCAAGGCCCGCACGGCCCCUGGUGGGGCCGGACCCUGGGGGUGCAGAUGGUGGCCCUGGGCCCUGAGCUGAGGGCGGGCACCUUGCCAGCCACAACCCGGAGGGCAGACUCAGAAGACCACUGGCAGAAGCAGGAAGCUCUAGCUCCACAGGCCUUCCGCCCCAUUCCCCCUCCCUGGGGCAGCUUCUUCUGGUGGCGCUGAGGUGGCCCUCCCUCCGUGGCAUGGUUGGGAGUCAGGCCUGGGCAGGACCCUGCUGACUCAUGGCCCUGGAGCUGGGAGCCAGGCCGCCUGGCUUCCUUGUCUUUCCAGGGGCAGAGGAGGUGAGGGAGGAGGAGUCCUGCUGGGCCAGCGGGAGGCGGUGACCCCCUGGACCAGACGCACGGCCCUCCUUGCCCUCUCUCGGAUCUUUGUCUCCCGCUGCCCCCCCACGUCCCGCGCCCCUCCAAGCUGACGGAGCCGGCCUCACCCCCUUGGGAAGCUCUUUCUGAAUAUCUGACGGUGGGGAGAGGUCUCCCUGACCCAGAGGUUCCCAGGAGGGACCGGCUGGGAAGGACCCUGGCUGAGCCCCAAGAAACGAGGAAGAGGAGGGGCGCGGGUUCAUGGGCCGGCUCUCCAGCUGCCCCGUACCCACCUCCCUCCUCCCAGCUGCACUUUAGCCCCAGAGGCAGUGCGGGGCCCUGGGGGCGGGCGAGCGGGCAGGGAAGGAUGCCCUCCAGGACCCACAGCCGCCUGCGUCUGCCCUCUGUCCCCAGGGCUGCUGCCAGCCCCUCCUGCCCCCCAGGCCGAGGGGUGCCCACCCUCACGGCUGUUCCGACAAGAGCUUCUGGAGCUUGUAACCAGUAGAUUGUCUCACCCCCAAACCCUCAGUUUUCUCAUGAAUAAAUUCGUUCAAUGCCUGUG